CGCUCACGGUAGUUGAUGAAUUCUGCUCCAGGACGGUCUCCGCCCCCUUGGCUACAGAAGGGGGGCCAGGGGGUUCGCGGUGAGUCAGAAGUCCUGGAGGCCGUCUUUCAACUUAUAAAGCUCUACCGGUGUCUUCCUCCUUCAGUCCCAAUCCAUCCGCAGUCCAAAAUGAAGACUGCGACGUGUUGGGUCUUUUGUCUGUGGGUAGCGGUCACAACAGUGGCCAGCCAGUACGCCGCUCCGUCUGCCAAGGGGAAGAAACAUCGAACGACGACGACAACCACGGAGAAUCCUUCCAUCGGCAACGAGAUAGCCGGACCAUUCCCAUUCCCGGACGCGGAGACAAGUGGCGCCACUCCGGGAGCGUCUCCGUACUCCAACCCUGCUGCUCCCAACCAGCCAGCUCCGGGGUACCCUAAUCCUGGAGCCCCCAACCAGCCGGCUCCGGGGUACCCUAAUCCUGGAGCCCCCAACCAGCCGGCUCCGGGGUACCCUAAUCCUGGAGCCCCCAACCAGCCUGGCACGGGGUACCCUAAUCCUGGAGCCCCCAACCAGCCAGCUCCGGGGUACCCUAAUCCUGGAGCCCCCAACCAGCCAGCUCCGGGGUACCCUAAUCCUGCAGCCCCCAACCAGCCGGGUCCAGGGGCUCCUAGUGGCGGAUACUGGUGGGCCGGCCCCAACUCUCCAUUCAAGCCAGGUGCACAAAGUCCAUCAGGAGGAUGUUACGGUGGCGGUUGCGGUGGUAGUCCUCCACCACCUCCUCCCCCACCCUCGGGAGGAUGUGCAGGACCCAGUGGCUGCGCUCCUGUCCCCCCUCCACCACCACCACCACCGUCAUCAGGAUGCGGAGGUCCAGGAGGUUGCACCGGUGCAGGGAACAGUCCCUACCAGCCACCUUCUAACUCACCUGUAAAACCAAUAGAUAUAGAAAACAACCCUUUCCUAAGCUCUGCCAUUCUUGGAAAACCAGUUUCCUCAAAUCCUCAAGGAUGUCAAGGAGGUGGUUGUGGUGUUGGCCCCACUCCAGGGACUUACCCAGGCGCCGGCCCAUCCCAAUACCCAGGAGGACCCGGUCCAAAUAAACCUGCUGGGCAAUACCCCGGACAGCCUUCAGGCCAAUAUCCUUCACAACCAUCAGGUCAAUACCCCGGACAAAAUCCAGGACAAUACCCUACUCAGCCAACUGGGCAGUACCCAGGGGGGCCCGGCAGUCCGAAUAAACCUGCUGGACAAUAUCCUGGGCAGCCUUCCGGACAGAACCCAGGACAGUUUCCUACCCAGCCAACGAAUCAGUUCCCAGGAGGACCUAACAGUCCCAAUAAACCUGCAGGACAAUACCCCGGACAACCUUCAGGUCAAUACCCCGGACAGCCUUCUGGACAAAAUCCAGGACAGUUCCCUACCCAGCCAACGGGGCAGUACCCUUCGAAACCCUCAGGGCAAUAUCCUAAUCAACCCUCAGGCCAAAAUCCAGGACAAUACCCAGGACAACCUUCCGGACAAUACCCUACUCAGCCAACGGGUCAGUACCCAGGAGGACCCAGCAAACCUACAGGACAGUAUCCUGGACAGCCUUCAGGACCUGAGGACAACUUUAUCUAUCCUGGACAGAAGCAGCAGCCUGGUCCUACCAAUGUUCCUCUGAGGCCCCAGUGCGCCGCCCAAGGACACGCCUGUGUUCCUGCCCAGAUGUGUGUCGGAGGAGUCAUCACUUCCACUGGCAUGACGCAGAUCAGAGAUGCUAAGAUCAAGGAGUGUAUUCCAGGUUUGGAGGCUUGUUGUAGAAUUCCAUCCAAAGCCCCCUUCCCCGGCCCUGGCGCGGUCACUCCAGGAUAUGGAAGACCCACAACACAGCAGCCCUACACAGGACCUCUAAACACAACGCCGUACCCAGGAUGUGCCGCGGCCCUCAAGUGUGUUCCCGAGAACUACUGUACAGCUGACGGAGUAAUGAGCGACUCACCAGUCGUACUGACACGAGAACAGCUCGACAACAAAGUGCCACUCAGCGAAUGUUUUAACAUGGAGACUGGUGUGAUCGGUAAAUGUUGCAAAGACCCCAACUACAAGGACCCUUGGCCAGGUGGUAUGAUGAUGGGAACAGCGAUGUUACAGCCGGGGGACUAUGACGAUGGCCAGUACCACGGAGAAGGGUCUGGGCCGUACUACAACAGUAUAUCUCCCACUCCUCAGACCCCCAGUAAGGAUCACGGACCCAAGCCUUCUGACAGACCGGGUGGAUUUAACAAACCUCUCCCUCCAUUCCCUGGUAACACUCCCAGUGGCUCGCCUUACUCCCCUAAACCCAGCCCGACUGGUCAAUACCAACCUAAUCAACCAAACCCAUCCAGCCCAUACCAACCCAGCCCAACUGGUUCAUACCAACCCAAUCAACCAAACCCGUCCAGCCCAUACCAGCCCGGUCAGCCCAGCCCUACUGGUUCUUACCAACCCAAUCAACCAAAUCCGUCAAGCCCAUACCAGCCCGGUCAGCCCAGCCCUACUGGUUCUUACCAACCCAAUCAACCAAAUCCGUCAAGCCCAUACCAGCCCGGUCAGCCCAGCCCUACUGGUUCUUACCAACCCAAUCAACCAAAUCCGUCAAGCCCAUACCAGCCCGGUCAGCCAAGCCCUACUGGUUCUUACCAACCUAAUCAACCAAACCCGUCAAGCCCAUACCAGCCCGGUCAGCCAAGCCCUACUGGUUCUUACCAACCUAAUCAACCAAACCCGUCAAGCCCAUACCAGCCCGGUCAACCAAACCCAUCCAGCCCAUACCAACCUAGCCCAACUGGUCAAUACCAACCCAACCAGCCAAACCCGUCAAGCCCAUACCCAUCCGAUCUACCCACUCCUGCAGCACCAUCAUAUCAGCCAGACCAAUCAGGAUCUUCCAUCCCAACCCAUCCUGGACACCAGGACUCAUCUCCAGACCAGGGCCCUGCUCCGGGAUCUUCUUGUGGAAUCAGGAGACCAGGCCCUGACGGAGAUGUGGCUGGGUUCGGAGAGUUCCCGUGGCAAGCGCUAGUGUCGUCUGCUGGUAACAGAACUCUGUUGUGUGGAGCUGCAAUCAUCUCUGAGACAGCCGUUAUAACUGCGGCUCACUGCGUUGAUCAACUACGAUCACAGGAUCUAAUAGUGAAGGCUGGGGAAGGCAAACUUUUAGCUCAGAACCCGAAACCAGUGCAAGUACGACCCGUGGGAGCCGUCUCAAGACAUCCGAGCUACAACAGUGCGUCCCGAGCUUACGACCUUGCAAUUCUCACACUGUCCGAGCCGCUCGUCCUGGACACUCACGUAGACAAGAUCUGCGUUCCUGCCAACCUCGGAUCAAACUAUCUCCCGCAACCUGGCCAACAAUGUCUCAUCACUGGUUGGGGCAAAGUGGCUCUGCAAGGACCAGUCCAAGGCAGUGACCUUCAUAAGGUGCAAGCCACAGUACUUCCAGCCAAGACUUGUGAGGCUCAACUCAAGAACACUUCUUUAGGAAAGUACUUCAUCCUCAACGAGGGUUUCUCUUGCGCCGUACCUCCAUCACCCUCGGACCUAUGCAAGGUGGACACUGGCAGCGCAGUGGCGUGUGCUCGACCUGACGGACAUUAUGAGCUGGCUGGUGUUAACAGCUGGGACAUCCCCUGCCCUGUCCCAGAACCUCGACCCUCUGUGUUCACGACUAGCGACGCUACAUGGAUCAACACAGUACUCAACACUCCCCUACCCGUCCUCCAGGCAGAGGAAGAGGAACACAUCCAGAGUCUAUCCCAGGGAGAGAACAUUCCAGGGAUCGACACUGACGACAAACCCGGUUUCAGCCAAGGCUACGGAAAAUGAACAUCCACAAGACAAUUUUAUUUCAAUACUGUUUCCAACGUGAAUGAUUAAAUGAGGAUUUUAAAAUGUGACUGUAAAAAUAAAAAAUGUUCCUUAUUUA